GCCAUCGCGCGCGUGAGGUCAUCACGCGAUAACGUCACGGGUCAGAAAAAGGUUUAUUGACGGCAGGACGAAGGAAUAUCUCCCAAAAUAAACAUGUACGGCAAAGCAGAGAGCUACCGCCCGGUCCCUCGGGACUUCAACCCCGUCAUACAGACAUGUAGCUCCAACAUCCAGAAGAUCACACAGAACACUGCUCAGAUCAAGAGCCUGGUGAACCAGUUGGGUACCAGUCAGGACACCUGUGAACUCCAGGACCGCCUGCAGCAGAUCCAGCAUUAUACCAACCAACUGGCAAAAGAAACCAACAAGCACCUGAAAGAGUUGGGCUCGAUCCCUUUGCCCCCAUCACCCUCAGAGCAAAGGCAGCAGAAGAUCCAGAGGGACCGGCUGAUGAAUGAUUUCUCGUCAGCUCUCAACAACUUCCAAUCAAUCCAGCGGCGUGCAGCAGAGAAGGAGAAGGAGUCAGUGGCCAGAGCGAGAGCUGGAUCCCGCCUUUCAACUGAAGAUGGUUCUUGGGAUGAAAAGCUUGUUUCUUUUGAUAACCAGGAGGACUGGGGUCAGAUGACCACCCAGAUAGAGGAGGUGGCCAUCACAGAGGAGGAUCUGGAGCUCAUCAAGGAGAGAGAAACCAACAUCAGACAGCUGGAGUCUGAUAUUUUGGAUGUAAACCAGAUCUUCAAGGACCUGGCAGUGAUGAUCCACGAUCAGGGAGAGAUGAUUGACAGUAUCGAGGCAAAUGUGGAGAAUGCUGAAGUUCAUGUAGAACGAGGAACGGAGCAGCUCCAGAGAGCAUCCUACUACCAGCAAAAGUCCCGAAAGAAGAUGUGCAUACUUGCUAUGGUUUGUUCCAUUGUGCUUGUCAUACUUGGAAUUAUUAUCUGGCAAGCUGCUGCUGGCAAGUGAGUUGACUCCCCACAACCAACGCGUCACGACUAUAUUUUACUCUGCCCUUCGUACCUGCAAGUAGCUGCUUGGAAUUACGAGAAGAACAAGAGGCUUCGCCAAGCUCAGCAGAUUAGAUCCAUGCAGUGGGAUGGUCAGUGUGGAGACCAUACUCAUCUGAACUGAUGAAGCCUGUUUUUGUAAAAAAUCCUAUUUAAAGUGAGGAGGACUGAGGUGAUGUAUUGUCUUGUUUAAUGCACUAACACUAGCUGUCACUGUAUUUCAAAAUGAAAACAUGUUAUUUGCAAUGAUUUCAGAACGGGGAUAUAUGAAAAGAAACACAUGAGUAGAUUAAUCUGUGGUUUUAAGAGGCUGUACAUAUAAAAAGUAAGUUACUUGUGUUGGCAUCUUCGGAUGUAGCGUGUGUUGAAUGCCUGGUCUUCCCAGUAGCAUUACGUGGGACUGGUAUUAAUUGUGGCAGUGAUGGCUGUAAUAUACAUGUUGUAAAAUGAAAGCUAGUAUGAAUCUAAUCCAUGUCUGUAAAUAUUAAAAAGCGCUGCAAUAUAUUAUAAGUACAAUAUGAGAGUAAAAAAUUAAAGUCCAGUCUUCAAAGAAAACAUUUUAAAAUUGAUUUCUACAAGUCUUACCAGUAUCCAUAAUAAAGGUCUUAAACACUUCAGCUCUC